AAUUUCGAGAUAGAUGGUACACCCAAUUUUCAGAUUUUAAAUUCAUCAUGAUUUUGUUGCCAAUUUCACCGUCGCUAUUGCAAUCUGCGGAAAAUGGAACAUGUCCAGAUAGGCCUGAUAAUAUUCCCCUUCACUGGUGGAAUGUUGGAGUGGCCUCUUUGUUUAUUUUCGUUAGCGGUAUAAUUUCUAUGUGGCUUGGUUUACGCUUAGAAAAAUCUUUAUUAAUUAGCUCGAUUCGAUGUGUUGUGCAACUAACAAUCAUGCAUCCAGUUGUUAUAUUGGGAGUAAUAUUUUUUCUUGUUUUCUUGGGUGCCAAUGAGAUCGUAUUUAACAAAAGUAAAAGGCGGCAUUUAGGAAUGUAUUUAUCCGUACUGAUAUCGUUAGGAUUAAGUACAUUGGUGGUUGGAAUAAUCGGAUCUCGCUUUGCUAUGUAUCAAAUACCAUUUUGGGAUCCCCGGGUAUUCAUCCCAACGAUGGGAAUGCUGCUUGGGAAUUGCAUGUCUGCAAUAGCUGUUGCAGUUUCCUAUGUAUUGGAACAAUUCAGUGAACAAAAAGAAAAAAUAGAAUUGUACUUAGCUUUUGGUGCCAACAAAUGGGAGGCCGGGCGUCCUGUUGUAGCAGAGGCAGUAAGAUUGGCUAUGUUACCUACUGUUAAUGCGAUGAGUAUAAUCGGAUUGAUCUCCAUUCCAGGAAUGCUGACGGGUCAAUUAAUUGGUGGUGCUCCUAUCAUGGAUGCAAUAAAAUAUCAACAAAUAAUAAUGUUUAUGAUUUCUGCUUCAUCAGCUUUGGGAGUCCUUAUGUCAACCCUUGUUUGUGUCUUUAUAUGUAUUGAUAAUUCCCAUCGUUUACGCCUUGAAAGAAUAUCGGAUUCUAAACCUUGGGUUUAUGUUAUACGUGAUGGUUUGACUUCUAGUAUUAAACAUGGAAUAACUAGACUUAAAAAGGUUGUAUGUUGUUGUUUUUUAAAACAGUCAGAUAAAUUAUCCAAUCCAGAUAAUAACAUUUUAUUAGAUGAAAGUAUUUGA